UCUGAGGAGAUGCCAGCACCUGUCACCCUGGGGGUUACUGAGGACCAGGAGCCAGGGCUGCCCUCUCCAGGCCUUGGGCACGUCGGCAGUCAGGGGCACAGGACUGGACCCCCGGUAGGUCUGUUCUUAGAAGCGACGGGGUUUCCAAAGCUCAGAGCCCUGCCUAGCGCUCAGCUUCUGACUCCAUAGGUCUGGAGGGGGCCAGGGGUCUCGGGUUUAAAGCCCCAGGGCUUCCGAAGGGAGCUAGGCCCGCGCGCCACUGACGGGGAGCUGCGCAGGAAGCAAAGAAAGGGCCCCACAGCUUUGCCUCAGCCUGAGAAGAGACCGGCUCCAUGCUAUCACGUGGCGUUUAUUCAUUCAACAAAUAUUUACUGAGCAUCCACCAGGUGUGGCUGGGGAUCCUGCAGUGAACAAAACCAGUCUCUACCCUCGGGAAGCUUCCACUCCAGGGAGCAAGUUGUGGGCUUUGCCACCUCACUCAAAAUCCGUCUGUCCAGCUUCAGGGGUGGUGCGGAGCCCCGGGGCUGGGCUGUUGGAAGCUUCGGGGAACUGGGGAAGAACUCUCUCAGAGCAGGCUCCCCGCCCCCGCCCCAGUGUCAUCUCUGAGUGGGUCGGAGGACGUUCUUGGCAUCACUGAGGGAGGGACAGGGUGGUGGCAGCAGGAGGUGGGGAUGGUUGGGGCUCUCCGCGUUGACCUCUCCCGUGUGCCACCCCUUGAGCAGAGGUAUGUACCUUACCUCACAGAUGAGAAAACGGAGGCCCACGACUGUGACCUGUCCACCUCCCAAAAGGCAAGGUGGGGGUGUGAACCGAGAUCAGACUCCAAAGGUCUGUGCCCUUAACCCUCGGGCAGUGACACUAGAGCAAGGUGCGGUUUGGCACCUGUAGGCCGACAGCGUCAAAAAACCAAACCAAACCGAACCUCAGCGGGAGGUUUCUGGCCUCACCGCGGAGCCCUGGAACGACCGGCCUUUGUGAGGUGGCCCUGGCGGGUGGCAGCGGUUCCGUCCUCCUGCCGGGGGAGGGGCGGGCAGAAGCUGGGGGACAAGGGCAGGAGGAGAUGGUUCUCGCCAUGCUGGGGGCUCUGUAUCCCAGGGCGGGGCUGAGCCUCUUCCUCCUCUACCUCGUCCUGGCUGCUGCACUCCUCCGCCCCCAGCCGCUGAGGCCUCAGCGAUCUGUCCCUGAAGAACUUUCAGCCCCUCUGGAACUCUCGCAGCCACUUUCUGGCCUAGUAGAUGACUAUGGGGUUCGACCCAAGCACCCCUGGCCGCGAGGGCCUCGACCCCUUCUCUCCCGGGCCCAGCAGCGCAAGCGGGACGGGCCGGACAUGGCUGAGUAUUACUAUGAUGCACCCGUGUGACGGGAGCCCCUUAUAAAGCUAUUCUGUGC